AACAAAGUUGCAUUCAUGUUUGAACUAACACUCUUCCUACCAUUCCUCUCUUCUCCCUUUCCCACCAGUCUCACACUUAUUUCAGUUUCAUCACUCUCUCACCACCAUUUCUAUCAAACUUUCAAUACUCUUAUUACACUGACAUAACAUAUCAUCAUGUGCAGUGUCUUAAACACCAUACUAUUACUACUGUUGUCAGUUCUUUUGUGUGCUUCCUCCACCUCCACCUCCACCGCUCAACACCGCCACAACCGCCGUGUCCUCCACCAGCCUCUGUUUCCUACAGUCUCUGCUCCUCCUCCAACACAACCACCAGCUUCCUCUCCUGAAACCCAACCAAAACGACAAAAGCAACAACCCAAGCUCCCAUUUUCUUCAACCUCUUCCUCUUCUCCACCACCAAAGUCUUUCUUCCCUUCCUACCAAACGCCAUCGCUCCCUCCUCCGCCACCUCUCAUCGCCACAUUCCCGGCCAACAUCUCCUCCCUCCUCCUCCCCAGACCAAACUCCCACCGCCACCGCCACGCCGCCUCCGUCGCCGCUGCGGUCACCAUCUCUCUCCUCUCUUUAGCUCUCAUCUCCGCCGCAGCUGUCUUCGCCCACCGCCGCUGGAAACUCGCCGCCUCCUCCUCAACUCAUGAUGACGACAAGGCCUCGAGAUCCGACAGCCUCCGCCUCUUCCCGCCGAACGCCGCCGCGCGGAAGCCACGCGGGAAAAUGAGCCCGAGGUCGGAGAUGCUCUACCUCGGCACGGUGGCCAGCUCAGAAGGUACUGCUGACUCGAGCAGCUGCAAUGGGGAUUUUCGGCCACCGUAUCGGAGACUGAAUGACUCGCCGGAGCUUAAUCCUCUGCCUCCCCUGCCUCGUUACAACCACAGAGCAUGGACCAGUGGAGAACACGAUGAAGAAGAGAAGAAGGAGAAGAGUGAAGAGGAAAACGAAGAUGAACAGUUCUUUUCUCCAAAAGGGUCUUCUUCUGAUUCUGGAAACAGAGAACAGAGUCCUCCUCUUUCACCACCUCACGUUCUUGCUGCAUCAAGCUCUCGUUCCUUGAAAGCCAUUGAUAGAUUCUGCAGAAGCUUCACUUCAAGAACACCAUCUUACCCUCGUUCCAAUUCUCUCUCUAGUUCCAUUUCUCCUUCUCCUUCUCUGAAUUUGAGCCCCUCAAGUGUCAAAUCUCUAACACCCCAUCACAACCCUGCAUCCCCAUCUUUCUCUUCUUCUCCUUCUUUUCAGACCACCAAACUGCCUCCUCCUCCGCCGCCACCGCCACCUCCGCUGCCUCGGUUCUGGGAGGCUCCUGUGGUGACUAGUUUUGCUGAACCUUCUCAAAAUGUGAAUAAGAAUGAAACUGAAGAGGCCCAAAAGCCUAAGUUGAAAGCUUUACAUUGGGAUAAAGUUAAAGCCAGCUCAGAUAGGGUCAUGGUUUGGGAUCGGUUGAGACCCAGUUCUUUCCAGUUGAAUGAGGACAUGAUUGAGACACUCUUUAUGGUGAAUAAUUCCAAUGGGAAUUCGGGUUUGGGUGUUAGAGAUAGCACUGCUUGGCGUCAUGCGCUUCAUUCUACUCCGGUGGUGCCACCAGAGAAUAGGGCGCUUGACCCUAAGAAGUCUCAGAACAUAGCAAUUUUGCUCCGGGCACUAAAUGUGACUAUUGAUGAAGUGUGUGAAGCUCUCAGAGAAGGCAGUUGUGAUACAUUGGGAACAGAACUUCUAGAAAGUUUAUUAAAGAUGGCUCCAACCAAAGAAGAAGAAUCUAAGCUGAAGGAGUUUCGAGAUGAAUCACCCUUCAAGUUUGGCCCGGCUGAGAAAUUUCUUAAAGUCAUGCUUGAUAUACCUUUUGCAUUCAAGAGAGUGGAUGCCAUGCUUUACAUUGCUAAUUUUGAUUCAGAAUUAGAGUACCUUAAGAAGUCCUUUGAAACUCUAGAGGUGGCUUGUGAGGAAUUAAAGAAUAGCAGAAUGUUUCUGAAGAUACUUGAAGCAGUUCUGAGAACAGGAAAUCGUAUGAAUGUUGGCACCAAUCGUGGUGAUGCACACGCAUUCAAACUGGACACUCUUCUGAAGUUAGUUGAUAUUAAGGGAACUGAUGGAAAGACCAGCCUCUUGCAUUUUGUUGUGCAGGAAAUUGUCAGAACCGAGGGUUCUCAUAUCCCCGGUUCUAAUCAUCAACACGACCCCGCCGACAAAAACAUUCAGCAAUACACUCUUCAAGAGGAAGUAGACUUUAGGAAGCAUGGACUGCAAAUUGUUUCUGGAUUGAGCGGGGAGCUUACCAAUGUUAAAAAAGCAGCUGCUAUGGACUCAGACACGCUAAGAAGUGAUGUUGCAAAACUUGCCAGAGGAAUAGAAAAAGUGGUGCAAGUUGUAAAGUUAAAUGAAGAGUCACCUCUGAAAGAAGCUAACCAGAAAUUUUCCGAGGCAAUGAAAGGUUUCUUGGAGAGAGGAGAGGAAGAGAUUUUAGCAAUCCAGGCGCAAGAGAGAAAUGCUAUCUCUUCUGUAAAGGAGAUAACUCAGUAUUUCCAUGGAAAUUCAGCAAAGGAAGAAGCUCAUCCAUUUAGAAUCUUUAUGGUUGUGAGGGAUUUCCUUUCAAUACUAGAUGGUGUUUGCAAGGAAGUUGGGAAAGUAAAUGAGAGGACUUUAGUUGGUUCUCGUCAACAUGUAAUGCCUGCAAACCAUGCACUGCCUGCAAUGUUCCCUGAGAUUAUUGGGAAGCACCAUUCUUAUUCCUCAGAAUCUGAGUAGCAGCAGUUUGAAUUAGUGUUUACAUGUUUGGUAAUUGAUGGGGUCAGAUUUUUACAACCCAAACAUUAUCAUGUGAGGUGAUAUUUUCACUGAAAUCCAAGUGAGCUCAAGCCAAGCUUGCCCUCUGAUGAUGAGAAGUUCAUGCUAGCAUAGCACUUGUUUUUGUGCCUAAAUAUCUCUGUAUAUGUUUUACUGCUUAUAUAUAUAAUAAGUUGAGUACCAUUUUACCCUCCUUUUCUGUGCUUGGUGGAAUGGUUCUCUGUAUUGUAUUUAUAAAUGAUCCAUGAAAGAAAUUUUAGAGUUUUCUGA